UACAUAAUGAAUCCUAUUUAUAACUGGAAAUUAGGCGAUAUUGCACUAGGUAGAAUAUGCAAGAAGAUAUAUGCGAAGAUUCAAGUUGUUAAAAAUGAAGAGGGAUUAUUUUAUGACGAGAAAGUUCUAGGUAUAUCCCCAGAUGGUGAUGGAAUUAAGAUAACAAAGGAAUUAUGUUACUACGUAGAAAUCAUAAGAACAAAACAGAGACUAUGGCUCCCGUACACUGGAAUGUUCCUAGCUCAGCGUUCCAGACCUUUCUAUGGCGCCAAUAGAUUAGAACCUAAGAAGUUACAAGAUAAACCAGCAGCUGCACCAAGAAAGAGGAAAAUAAAAGAAGAUUACACUCUUCCCUUGAAUGUGAAACCAUCAAAGUCUAAGGAGCCUGAUCUCAACAUUUCUUAUGACAUCCGGCAAAUGCCAUUAAAACAGAGUAAAUAUGAAAAUGCCUUCAAAGAGUUUGUCAGACGCGGCAAAGAACAGCUAUUUGACGAAUAUUACUUCGCUUUAAUAAAUACUAAUGAUGACACCUUGGACUACUUACAAAAUGUAGAUGCAAGUACUGAAGAUAAAUUUGAGACUGUUAUAAAGAAUAUUGUGUCCGAGAAGGAAAUAGAAAACUACUUGCAUCAAUGCUGGAGAUAUAAUCAUGUGUGUAAACAAGUUGAUAAAGAAGUGUCAGAUAAUCGUUCUGCAAGUAACCUACCAGUAACAGUGCACACCACCUGGUGCCUGGUCUGCGGAGAAAAUGAUCGACUGAGAGAAUGUGUGAGCUGCCCAGCAUCUUUUCACACCGUGUGCAGACGAGAGUGGCUCGUUUCUAUCAUACAUCGAAAGAAUCCGCCCAAGAAGGAGAAAAAGCCAGUCACAUUAGUUGAGAAGAUUCUAUCUAGUACUAGAACGAUUUGUUCCAUACAAAAAGACAAGGAAAACCUGGAGAUAUGUCCUAGUUGCAUGUGGGGACCAAAAGUUGGUUACGACGAUGUAGUGUGGCAUAAGCUGGGCUCGUGCCCAUGGUGGCCGGCGAGGGUGUUGACCCCGGGCGCCACCCCAUCCUGCUUGUUGACGCGCACACAUACGCCGCACCAGUGGCCGCUCAAGUACUAUGGUACACUGAACUACUCAUGGGGAGACUCGGCCAGAAUGUGCCUAUUCCUACCAAAGCACACAGCCGCGUUGCAGUCGCGAGAUGAAACUCUCCGACAAGCUGUAUUGGACGCUUGUGAUGAUUAUAUAUCCGUCUAUCUAACAUAAAAAAUAUAAAUAAUUAUUUCUUUUUUCAUAAAAAAAAAAACAUUUUGUCACUAUUGGUUCGGUGUGAAGGAGUAAUAGAAUAAAACACGUAGUAGACGGAUUGAGUAGAAUUUGUAAAACAUGAGCCUAUACGGAAGCAAUUUUUUUUUUAUUCAUAAAGAUAUAAAUACUUU